GUUCUCCAGAACUGAAACCCACCUCUGGAUCAUUUGUAAACUAUGAUUAAGGAAGCUACGGAUUGUAGUGCUGGAAGCAGGGAGAGACCAUUGCUGCAUUUCGGAUGAGUAGCGGAAUUAAAAAAAAAUGUCAGCAGGUUGACUGUACAGGAGAAAGCUUCAAUAUGUCUUCUAGUCUGUUGCCCAAGCCACAAAUGAAAGAUCUCCUGGGAAGAAUUGCAAGAAGGAAUUUUCUGAUAGGAGUUACUUUAGUAACAGGAAGCUUUUUUCUCUUGGAGCAUUUUUUCAUUCAAGGAAGGCAAAAUAAAUACAGAGAUUUCUAUAAAACAUUUGAUUUCGCAAAAGACUUUGAGGAAAAGAAAAAAGCGGGAAUAUUUCACAGUGUGAAGCCCUAAUGAAAUCUACUAAUCAUAAAGUUUCCCUUUGGAGACAAAAUAGUUGAAUAUUAUUGUGAUCAAUAACGAUCACCUUCAAUGUUCAUCCUCCUGUAUUGUGCUCAUUAAAGGAAAUCUUUAUCUCA